AUGUGGUCAGCCGCGAGUUCGAUGACGAAAAAUCUUGCUGCAUGUGGAGCGAGGCUGCAGGACCAAGCAAUCGGUCUGCUGAGAUAUGUCCCCAGCAUCAGGAAUUGGACGUUGGGUAAAAUCGGACAGCAGCGGGACUCCUCGUACGAACUGAGCAAUUUGCUUGCCUUCGAUAAUAUGAGUGACGGUGCAGAUCAAAAGUGCAAGGUCGUCAAGAUGGUAUUCUCGCAGCCUGGAAAUGUUACUAGUGCGCCACUUGUUUUCAACAUCAUCAGUGUCAAAGGGGGUAGCUUGAUGUGUACGGUGAGUUGGCAAGCUGGAGCCUUAGGUGUGCCAGUAGAGGAGGAAAUGUCGUUGGUUGAUCGUAUAUGUUCGUCAAUCCAAGCGGAUUUCGAAGCCUUGAGGGAUUGA